AGCCAGAAAGUGCGCCGGAGCUAAGGGUGAGCGUGAGUGCGCAUGCGCGUCGGGGGUGUGUGGGGAGUACUGCAGCCGGAAUCUCAGCAAGCUUCAGUGUUCGCUGCAUCCCUAUCCUCUCGCCAUGGCCGCCUAUAAGCUGGUGCUGAUCCGGCACGGAGAGAGCGCCUGGAACCUGGAAAACCGCUUCAGCGGCUGGUACGACGCCGACCUGAGCCCGGCAGGCCAUGAGGAGGCGAAGCGCGGCGGGCAGGCGCUGCGAGAUGCUGGCUAUGAAUUUGACAUCUGCUUCACCUCAGUGCAGAAGAGAGCAAUCCGGACCCUCUGGACAGUGCUGGAUGCCAUUGACCAGAUGUGGCUGCCAGUGGUGAGGACCUGGCGCCUCAAUGAGCGGCACUAUGGGGGUCUGACUGGCCUCAAUAAAGCAGAAACUGCCUCCAAGCACGGUGAGGCACAGGUAAAGAUCUGGAGGCGCUCCUAUGACGUCCCACCACCUCCCAUGGAGCCGGAUCAUCCCUUCUACAGCAACAUCAGUAAGGAUCGCAGGUAUGCAGACCUUACUGAGGAUCAGCUACCCUCCUGUGAGAGUCUGAAGGACACUAUUGCCAGAGCACUGCCCUUUUGGAAUGAAGAAAUUGUCCCCCAGAUCAAGGAGGGUAAAAGGGUCCUGAUUGCAGCCCAUGGCAACAGCCUUCGGGGCAUUGUCAAGCAUCUAGAGGGUCUCUCUGAAGAGGCCAUCAUGGAGCUGAACCUGCCAACUGGUAUUCCCAUUGUCUAUGAAUUAGACAAGAACUUGAAGCCCAUCAAGCCCAUGCAGUUCCUGGGAGAUGAAGAGACCGUGCGUAAAGCCAUGGAGGCUGUAGCUGCUCAGGGCAAGGUCAAGAAGUAAAGGCAAGCAGGCAGGACUACCAACCCAAGAACACCCUCCCUACCUGUUCAUGCCUCCUGCACCUUUCCCCAACACUUGUCACACUGACUACAUCUUUAGGGUCUUAAGUUUUAGCUGCAGGUGGGGACCAGUGGCUCCCAUUUCCAUUUUAGUAUUUUAUCCCUGCACCCACUCCCUUCAUAGACUCCUGUCAGAAUGGCACCUCUGGGGUGCAGGUUCUUGGUCCAAGCCCAGGGAAGGCUCCUCUUAGCCAGGAGAGUUGAGAGGUAGUCAUUAUAGUUUUUUUUAGUGCUUUGUUUACUAAGGGCCUACUUGGGAAGAGGCUAGGGAGGAUCCAUGCUCUGGUAUGACCAAUGAGGAGAAGUCAGAGUCUAAUUUUGUCCCUGGAGCCUGUCCUGUGCUCUUCUGCAGUAGGGUAACUGGGAACUGUAGUCAUUCCAGUGGAAGAUGAAUAUAACCUGCAUGGUGACUAAAAAGAAACAACAGUUUUCUCCCUGACCCUAGAGGCACUGGCCCAAGAAGGUUAGGAUCAGUCCUGAAUCAAGUUUAUAUGUUACAUUUACUUUUACAAAAAAAAAUUUCAUAUAUAUACAUAUAUAAAUAAUGGUACACAAAAACCUUUCUGAGGUUUCCAGUGGCGAUUGAAAUAGUCUCACGUGGUCAUCAGAAAAUAAGCCAUUCCUCAAUCAAAAUGGGAUGAAUUCCUUGGCCUCAAAGUGGCAGGAGUGUUUCCUACUGUGUAUCUUAGGAUCCCUCUGCCUUGAUCAUGUCCAGAUGUGUCUUUUAGUGUCUCAUGAAUCUGAUUCCAGUUGUUUGGCCCUACCAUGUGGGUUCAGUACUCAUUUUGAGCAUAACUGUAAUCUUUCUCCAGAUCAGUAUAAUAAAGGAGUGAUGUGCAAUAA